ACGUCCGCUUGAUUUCACGAGGUUGCACUCUCGCCUCGUGCAUUCGCCCCAACUUGCCGCCACCAUGGCGCAGUGUAUUCGACGCACGUGAAGCACGUCGCGCUUCUUCAGUGUUUCCUGAUUGCUCGGAGAGUUGUGGGGUCACCGUUCAGCAAAGCGUAUAGUGAACGAGCGGCAAAUAUGACACUGCUGGCGGUGAUCGCUUCAUGGGACUGGCGAUUGUUGACAACUACGGUGGUAUUUCUGGUCACUUAUUACGUGGUGCGCUUCUACCACAAGGUUUCCCAAUACCCGAAAGGACCAUUCCCGCUGCCUAUCGUCGGAAACCUCUUGACACUGGCCAAGGAAAAAGAACUCCACAAGAAAGCCACCGAGUGGUCAAAGUACUACGGAGACCCGUUCACUCUGUGGAUGGGCUCCCGACCGAUGAUCGUGCUCAACAGCUACGAAGUCAUCAAGGAAGGACUAGUCGAGAGGCGUCACGAUUUCGCCGGCCGUUUUGCAACGAAACUGGGUGACAUUCAGAUACGUGAUGACCACGACAUCGUAUUUGAAGACUACAACGCCACAUGGAAAGCUCUUCGCAAGGUAGCUGUCACUGCUGUCAGAAAGUAUGCAGUGAGCGAGUCCUUGGAGAACCUGUGUACAGAGAUUGUGGAUGCCUACGUGGACUCCCUGGACGACCAACCUCUGACCGUCGACGCCAGGGUUCCUAUCAUGUCCAUUAUCAUCAACGUGCUCUCUGUAUCAGCCUUCAGCGCUAAGUUUGACGCCAAGAGUCCCGACCUCAAUCGCAUGAUGACCAUCAACCGCACUUUCACGGAACUGGCACCCAACGGACUGCCAAGUGACAUCGCUCCCUGGCUGGGCGUUUUGUACCGUGCUCGGGAAAAACGGUGCGAGGAUUUGUUCGCGGAGAUUAGAUCCAUCGUCAGGAGAAUGUACGCUGGAGCCAAGGAGACAUACCAGCCAGGCAAGGUAUUGAAUUUCACCCAUGCCAUUCUGUCUGCUAGAGAUGAAGCCCUGGAACAAGAGAAAAACGAUGCCAAGUUUUUGACAGAAGGCAACAUGGUUCAGAUUCUGAUCGACUUAUUCGGAGCUGGUACUGACACAUCGAUUGGGGAGCUGCAAUGGCUUCUUCUCAAGAUAUCUCGAGAGCCAAGCAUUCAAGAUAAGAUAAGAAAAGAAAUCGACGACAAUAUAGGUAAUUCUCCGCCGACGAUGAAGGACAUCGAGAGGCUGCCAUACACCAUGGCCUGCGUCAUGGAGACACUUCGUUGUUACCCGAUCGCAGCCUUUCGGCUUGCCAGCAUAAGGCGUCACAUGAAUCGCCAGUUUAGUGAAACGCCCGCUAUUUCGCUUGCACUACAAGACGCAUUUCCUUUCUUUCCAGCUGGUAUUGCAAUUCCCAAAGACACACGAUUGAUGUACAACGCGUACAGCGUCAACCACGAUCCCAAGCUCUGGGUGGACCACGACGUGUUCAGGCCGGAGCGGUUCUUGAAUCCAGUCACGGGAGCUUUGUCCAAGGACCGCCUGCCCCCGUUCCUCAGCUUUGGCCUCGGACCUCGAUCAUGUCUCGGGGAGAAGCUGGCAAAGGCUGACAUGUUCUACGUAAUCGUGCGGCUAGUGCAGCGGCUCAGUAUUUCAGCGCCCGAAGGCGAGACCGGCCGAGAAGUCGUGCCCAUGGGAAACAGUUUCUUCCUCUUCGCGGGUCGCCAGAACGUCGUUCUCACCAAGAAUUGUUGAAGGCUAUAUAUAUCUUGUCAAAGGGUGGUGUAACACGUUGAACUCGGUGGUGAUCUGCAGUCGUAUUCCUGUGUUCCGAUAAGAAGAAGUGCCACGAAAAAAAUUUGCCCCAUA